AAAUCCUUCCAAACACAAGAAGAAACCACCUUGUUUGCUAUUUUUAUUCUAGUUACGUGUAAAAUAAUCCAGGUUUGUUAUACUUAAAUUUAAGUCGUCUUUAAAUCGCUUAAAUGUUAAUGUGUGUGUAAAUGGCCCCUCUGACCUGGUGGGGGUGUUGAGUAUCAGGAUUUGGGAGCAGGUGGGCGUGUGUGCGCCGGGACAGUUACAUGACGCAGCGUCCACUGUCAGUCUGGUAUAAAUACACCUCAGCGUGCUCAGUCGGCCCCUUUCUCCUCUCAGCUGCCGCCUUUAAAUCAAAACUGCACGGUAGCUUCAUCUCCACCGGCAGUCAUGGCAGAUCAGGCCUUUGUGACUUUGGCUACCAACGACAGCUAUGCUCGGGGCGCCAUGGUUUUGGGCAAGUCCCUUCGUAACACCAACACUUCCAAAAAGCUGGUGGCGUUAAUUGGCCCGCAUGUGUCGGAACCGUGCCGGUCAGUGUUGAGGAUGAUCUAUGAUGAAGUGAAGGUGGUGGAUCUGAUGGACAGCGGGGACACGGCUCACCUAGCAAUGAUGAAGAGGCCUGAUCUGGGAGUGACCUUCACCAAACUCCACUGCUGGACGCUCACGCAUUACUCCAAAUGUGUGUUCAUGGAUGCAGACACUCUGGUGCUUUCCAAUAUAGACGAGCUGUUUGACAGGGAGGAGCUGUCGGCUGCUCCUGACCCUGGCUGGCCUGACUGCUUUAACUCUGGUGUGUUUGUGUUUCGUCCUUCUGUGGAGACCUAUGGAAAACUCCUUCAGUUUUGCACAGAACAUGGCAGUUUUGAUGGAGGGGACCAAGGUGUCUUGAAUGGCUUCUUCUGUGACUGGGCAACAGCUGACAUAUCGAAACAUCUUCCCUUUAUUUACAACCUGAGCAGCAUAGCCAUCUACACUUACCUUCCAGCAUUCAAACAUGGAGUUACACAUUUGACCCCAAGGCCAAGCAGGUUUCGGGCAGUGGGCAGGAGGCUGCCGCUCACCCCACCUUCCUCCUGGAUUGGUGGACUCUGUAUGCCAGCUCGGUGGUGCCGCUGCUGCAGGAGCAGUACGGAGACCAGCCCUUCUUCUCUGGAUGCCUUGAGUCCCCGCACAGUGACAUGGUCAGUAGUGAGAAUGUACAGGGUGAGAGCAGCUUCUCGCCGGCGCUCCCUCCCCAGCUGUCCUCGGAGGAGCGGAAGGAGCAAUGGGAGCAAGGUCAGGCUGACUACAUGGGAAUGGACUCCUUUGACAAUAUCAAGAGAAAGCUCGACACUUUCCUGAAAUGAAAGAGGUGGAGGGGAGGGGGCGACAUGGAAAUUCAAAAGCAACUGCAGUCAAACGUCAUGGUCACCACAGAUCUUCAGAGAAAACGCUAACGCUGAAAUCUUUAUUUCUGAUGUAGAGAUGACCCCAUCCACUCAAGACCAUCAGUUCUAGACAUGUUUGGAGGGGGGGGUUACAUUAACUACUUUAAACUGUUACAUAGUUUACCCAACUACACUGAAGAAAAUGAAGGUUUACACCAUAAAUGCACUUUUCCUCUUCUUCUGGGUACUUAAACCUCUCUGCAACUCGUGUUUUUGUUUUCCAUGUCUCUGCUCUUUUUGUAACAUUGCAAACAAGAGUUUAAGUCUGCUUGACAAAUGUGUAUACCUCUGUGCUUUUCUUACUUCUGAUUUGACAGUUCAUGCGUGACAAAUGCGUUUACAGCACUCCUAAAGAUGUGUAGUCAUUUUUACUGAAUGUGGUGCCUUAAAAAAACUCUGUUCUGCUGUCAUCUUAGAAGUUCUCAAGCGGCUACUUUUUUCUAGAACCAUUGAACUUUACAACAUUGUUAUGACCAGGUUGUUGACUGUACCAGAAUCUUUAAUGUGGAAGCAUUCAGAAGAGAAUAAAUGAAUUACAUUUUAAA